AGCAUGUCUGGGCGAGGAAAGGGAGGAAAGGGACUGGGAAAGGGAGGAGCCAAGAGGCACAGGAAGGUCCUCCGAGACAACAUCCAGGGGAUCACUAAGCCGGCGAUUCGUCGUUUAGCGAGGAGAGGCGGUGUGAAGCGUAUCAGCGGUUUGAUCUACGAGGAGACUCGCGGCGUUCUCAAGAUCUUUCUAGAGAAUGUGAUUCGUGACGCUGUUACUUACACUGAGCACGCUAGGAGGAAGACCGUGACGGCGAUGGAUGUUGUGUAUGCUUUGAAGAGGCAGGGAAGGACUCUGUACGGGUUCGGCGGCUGAGGGGAUUCAAUUAGGGGUUUUUAAAUCGCGUUUGUGUUUUUACGGUUUGGUUCUAUUUGGGAGUUUAACAACUCUCUAAGUUGUCUUUAUCUGAAUGUUUUAAAAAAGCUUUAUCUGAACUUGUCCGUCUCUUAGAAAUUAUUGAGGCAUUUAGAAGGUGGGAAGGAGUAUGAGCUUCUGAUAAUCGAA